CCGUUUCAAACUCUCCAACACUCUCUGAAGCUUCAGUAGACACCAAUGGCCUUAUCUCCAAACUUCCAUUCAAUUUUCGCCACCUCUCAAUCCUCUUCAAACUCAGCAUCUCCCAAGCUUCCCGCUUCUCACUCUUCACUUACUAACCUUCACUUCCCAAACAAAACCGUCAGAGGCAACAGCUACAACCUAUCGAGGACAUCAGCUUCUGAUGAAAAGUGGAGGGCCAAUGUCUCUUUCUUCCCUGCUUUCUUAAACAAAGGCAAGGAUGCUAAGGCCCUCAAGGAAGAGCUUCUCGAGGCCAUUGCACCACUUGACCGAGGAGCUGAUGCCACCCUUGAAGACCAGCAGAGGGUUGAUCAGAUUGCUCGCAAGCUUGAAGCAGUUAGUCCCACAAAGGAGCCUCUGAAAUCGGAUCUGUUAAAUGGAAAAUGGGUGCUUAUUUACACCACUUCCAAAUCUAUUUUGCAGACUCAGAGACCCAAAUUCCUGAGAUCAACUGCAAACUACCAAGCAAUCAAUACAGACACACUCAGAGCCCAAAAUAUGGAAUCUUGGCCUUUCUUCAACCAGGUUACAGCAGAUCUAACACCCUUGAAUGCAAGAAAGGUGGCUGUAAAGUUUGAUUCUUUCAAGAUUGGAGGUCUGAUACCUAUCAGGGCACCUGGAAGAGCUCGUGGUGAAUUAGAGAUUACAUAUUUGGAUGAAGAACUGAGGUGAGAGCAAACAUCCUGAGACUUAACCUUCACAUGAAACUUGAAAGGAUAUCCAGAGGUGAUAAAGGGAACUUGUUCAUCUUGAAAAUGGUUGAUCCAUCUUACCGCGUCCCUGUCUAAAUUGAAUGGUAGUAGCAGUGGCAUUGGUCAGCCAUUACCAGGGACGGACAGACUUCUUCAAGCUUUAGCUGAUACAUUUUUCUUAUAUUAAUUUGGUUUUUUAGAUGUUUGUAUACAAAAAUUUUCCUUGGUGAUCAGGCAAGUUUUGUUUUUAGGCAUUUGCUCGCUUGGGUCUUCUGUUUAAAAGUUAUAGUGCAGGAUAAUUAUCAUCUGCCUUGUUGACAGUAAUGACUUCUGCAAGUAAAUUUAUAACUUUGUAUAUGACAUAAGGGAUAUGAAUAUGACACGGAGUUGACCAUGUUUGAAUUUAAAAUAA